GUCAUAGCUUCCGAGUUAGGAAAAUUCUUCCAGGUCUAAAACAAAGCAAGUAUGUGGGUAUGUCUUUUCCCAUGGCUAGGGCAUGGUCUUCUUCUAGACUGAACCACAUGCUAAGGAGACCAUGACUUGGUCAUAUUUUCCAAUUAGUUCCUUCCCUUUCCUUUCUGUACCGUGUAAAAGAAACAUAAAUACUUUGAAUACUUUUUCCUGAUGAUUCUCUCAGAAGAAAGAAUUCCAGCACCAGCAUAUAUAGAAGCAAACCAAAAACCUCCAUGAAUUCCACUAUAACUUUGUCCUUUUCUGAACUAAUCAAAGCUAACUAGCUAUGGAUGAGUUCAUUUCUUUAAUCCUUCAUGGUAUCAAGUUAGCUAAAGAUCUUGAACCAAGCCUACGAAACUUAGCUACCCAACAAGACAUGCUCUCCAGGUUAGAUGGUAUUAUCAGGGUUUUCAUUACUGCUAAGGAAAGUUUAAGGGCUCAAGAACCCAGUUUGUACCAUCAAAUGUUGUUUCGUGAGCUCGGGCUGCAGCAACAUAAUCAGGUUGAUCCGAGCUUACAGGAGCAGUUGCUAAGGGCUAAAUCAAUGAUGGAGCUGUUUCAAAUGCAAGGGUCGACGUCGCUAGAGAGAAAGCAGCCAUCAUCAUCAUCAUCAUCAGGUGGCGGCGGCAGGAUGGAUCAUUUUGUGUCAGGUGGAGGUUUGGCUAUGGAAUUGGGUGGCAGCAUGGAUGUUCAGCGGAGGAUGCCUUCGUCAUCAAUUUCAUUGCAAAGACUGCGAAGAAGGAAGGAUGAAGGAGAGAAACGGACAGAGAGGGUACCUGCCCCAAGGAUGGGAAAUACUGAAAUCCCACCUGAAGAUGGUUACACCUGGAGGAAAUAUGGCCAGAAAGAAAUAUUAGGAUCGAAGUACCCAAGGAGCUAUUACAGGUGCACCCACCAAAAAUUGUAUCAUUGUCCAGCCAAGAAACAAGUCCAAAGACUAGAUGAUGAUCCCUACACCUUUGAAGUUACAUAUCGUGAUGACCACACUUGCUACAUGUCCGCCACAGCACCAUCCAUUCCACCAUCACAGGAAUUUUCACAGGAGAUGAUGCCUGCCCAUCAACCCCCACCAUGGCUGGAAUUUAGUUUGGGUGCUGGCGGAAGUGGUGGCAGCAGUAGCAGUACUUGUGCAGGUCCCUCCCCGACAACCACCGUCCCUGAAUUCCCUGUAGCAGAUUUGGCUGAUGUUAUGUUUAACUCUGGUAGCAGCAGUGCUAACAGCAUGGAGUUGAUCUUCACUACUUCCAUGGAAGAUAAAUGGGACCAAGGGGACAAGAAUAAUUGAUUAUUACCAUAACAAUAGCACUGUAUAUGGUAAAUAAACAUUUUUUUUUAUUUUUUUUGGGAAAUUGCUAACGAAUUUGAACCACAUUCUUUUAUUAGCAACUUUCUUCGGUACCUGCAACUUCUAUUUUAAGGCCGAAUUAAAUUUAAAUGUUAAUUGAAUUGUAAAACACACAUCUAAGAAAUAUUCAUUCUUCUCCAAAUUCCCAAUCAAAGUUGAUGUCUUCAUCAACUCAUUUCCCUGUGUAACAACCUACAACUUAAUCUAAUAAAUAUUGUCUGUUUUAGCUCUUUCAAGCCU